AUGAGAUACGGAUCAUUAUUGGCGUUUGCGAAUGUGGCUUUAACCUCAGUUGUGCAAGCUAAAAUAUCAUUUGCCAAUGCGUCACCAUUACUGAUUUCAUCACCAUAUCUUACAAUCGACGAGACACACUACAUUGCAAAGGAGGAUGAUACAAACAAGGAAAUUCAAAUGUUAACGGGGGAUGUGUGCAGCUACUCAUCAGAUCCUUAUAUUCUGUAUUUACAGAUACAUGGACUUGACAAUAGUGAUGAUAUAGAGAAUGCCUCAAAGUCUCUCAAGUAUCCAUUUAAAGUCUUCUCAAAUAACGUUGUCUACAGCCAAAUAAAUAAAGAGGCCCCAAUUUCAAGCGUGUGUCAGAGUAUAAAGAAAAUUGAUGCAAAUGGACUUUCCGCCAAACAAUUAAUAGAUGCAUUGUCUUCUCCAGAUACUGUUAAAGUUGUUGAUGUUUACAACAAGAACUCGAAAGAUUUAACAGAUUUGUUAAGUGCUGUUUUUGAAAGCGAUUCUGUUCCAAGUAGUAUAUUCGUGCAAGGCUUGCCUGUGCUCAAGAGUGAAAAGAAAAAAAGAGACAACGAUGAUGAUGAAGUCGACUAUGACAAAGUGGAGCAAGAUUUGAAAAAUUCAUUUUCAGAGGCCUAUGCACAAUUGAAUGGAGAUGAGGAAGCGCAUGUCUACGAAACUGCAAAGGCCACUAAGAAAUUCUCAAAGACUUCUGGAUCUCUAUUAGAUAACUACGCAUUUUUCUCAUCUGGAAUCUGGAUGGCAAUUAUUGUUUCUGGGUUUUUGUUGGGCGUCUUAUAUGUGGCUUUUAAAUGGUUAAACAGUAUUCAGAUUAGUUACGCUGCCUUUGACAAGCCGGUCAAUACCAACAAGAAAGCGCAAUAA